AUGCCUCCAGCUCCUCUCCCAGCCCUGGGAGCUUGGCCACUGCCCCGCACAUCUGCAUGGCAGAGCAGCCGCCUUUCCAAGGGCCAGCUGGGCUGGGGGGAGCGGCGGCCAUGCUUGGCAGGGCUAACGAGCUCCGUUUGUUUUCUUUCUUCGCUUUCGCAGAGCCUGGAUGGGGACCAAGCCAUACUCCAGAGGAUCAGAAAAUAUGUGAAAGCCAUUCACAUCUCUGGGCUCACCCACGUGGAGAACGAGGAGCAGUACAGCGAAGCCCUGGAGAACUUCGGCAACAACCACCUCUCCCAGAACAACCACGAGCUGUCCACCGGCUUCCUCAACCUGGCUGUCUUCACCCGCGAGGUCACCGCACUCUUCAAGAACCUGGUGCAGAACCUGAAUAACAUCGUCUCCUUCCCCCUGGACAGCCUGUUGAAGGGGCAACUGAAGGACGGCCGCCUGGACUCUAAGAAGCAGAUCGAAAAGGCCUGGAAGGAUUACGAGACCAAAGUGGGGAAGAUGGAGAAGGAGAAGGAGCGAGCCCGCUUGGCAGGGGUCAUCCAGGCUGAACCGUCCACAGCGGAGGUGGCCGAGGACAUGCAGAAGGAGCGGCGGCUCUUCCAGCUUCACAUGUGUGAGUACCUGCUGAAAGCCAGCGAGUCUCAGAUGAAGCAGGGACCAGAUUUCCUGCAGAGCCUCAUCAAGUUUUUCCACGCUCAGCACAAUUUCUUCCAAGAUGGCUGGAAGGCUGCCCAGAACCUCUACCCCUUCAUUGAGAAGCUCGCUGUGUCUCUCCACGCGCUCCACCAAGCGCAAGAAGAGGAGGUGAAGCAGCUCACGCAGACCCGUGAUUCCCUCCGCAGCAUCCUGCAGCUGGAGAGCAAGGAGGAAAACCUGAGCAGGAAGAACUCUGGCAGCGGCUACAGCAUCCACCAGCACCAGGGGAACAAGCAGUAUGGGACGGAGAAGUCGGGAUUUCUGUACAAGAAGAGUGAUGGGAUCCGCAAAGUAUGGCAGAAGAGGAAGUGUGGCGUGAAGUACGGCUGUCUGACCAUCUCCCACAGCACGAUAAACCGUCCCCCCGUCAAGCUGAACCUCCUCACCUGCCAAGUGCGGCCCCACACCGAGGAGAAGAAAUGCUUCGACCUGGUGACGCACAACAGGACGUAUCACUUCCAAGCAGAGGACGAGCAGGAGUGUGUUGUGUGGGUCUCGGUGCUGCAGAACAGCAAGGACGAAGCCCUGAGCAACGCCUUCAAGGGGGAGCCCAACGGCGGUGGGGCGGCAGCGGGCGGCGGGGCGGACGGCGGCGUGCAGGAGCUCACCAAGCUGGUCAUCAGCGAGGUGAAGAACAUGCCGGGAAACAAGCAGUGUUGUGACUGCGGGGCCCCGGACCCCACUUGGCUCUCCACCAACUUGGGCAUCCUGACGUGCAUCGAGUGCUCCGGCAUCCAUCGGGAGCUGGGCGUGCAUUACUCCCGCAUCCAGUCCCUCACCCUGGAUGUCCUCAGCACCUCCGAGCUGCUGCUGGCUGUCAGCGUCGGGAACACCCGCUUUAACGAGAUCAUGGAGGCCAUGCUGCCCACGCAGGACUGUCCCAAGCCCUCAGCCAGCAGCGAUAUGGCUGCCCGCAAGGAGUACAUCGUGGCCAAAUACAUGGAGCGACGCUACGUGCAGAAAAGCAGCCGUGACGACCCCCACCGGGUCUGGGAAGCCAUUCGUGCCCGCGACCUCCUGGCCCUGCUCCAGGCCUUCGCCGAGGGGCACGAUCUGGCCAAGCCCCUGGCCAGCCCCGAGGGCCAGGACCCGGGCGAGCUGGCGCUGCACAUGGCCGUGCGCCACGCCGACAGAUCGUCCCUUCCUCUGGUGGACUUCAUCAUCCAGAACGGGGGGACGCUGGACCGGGUGACGCAGGACGGGAACACGGCUUUGCACUACGGCGCGCUCUACAACCAGCCCAACUGCCUCAAGCUGCUCCUGAAGGGCAAAGCCGCCUUCACUAUGGUGAACGCGGCAGGCGAGACGGCUUUGGACGUGGCGAGGAGGCUUAAGCACACCGAGUGUGAAGAACUGCUGGAGCAGGCACAGGCAGGGAAGCUCUCCCUGCAGAUCCACGUUGACUACGACUGGGAGCCCCCCCAGGAGUUCCCCUACGACAGCGAGGACGAGCUGGAAGAGAAGGGCACGUCGCCGCUGGCCGCCAGCCCCCCGCCCGCCUGCCCCCAGACCCGCUGGAGCUGCAUGGGGAUGGACAUCACCAACAAGACCUACGAGAGCAUCCUGGUACCCUCGCGCCCCAUGCCCCGCCGGGCCCACAGCGAGGAGAUCCCCCCGCCGCUGCCCCUCAAAAACCCCACACGGGGUGGCUCCCGCCCCAAACCCAACCACAGCCCCACUGAACGCCCUGAGCUUCCCCGGCAGGCGUCCGAGCCGCACUUCCCCGGGCUGGCGGAGGCUCCGGCAUUGCGCAGCCUCCCCUCUGCCAGCAGCGCCGGUGCCCUGGACGGCAUCGCUGGACCCCCAGCCCCUGGCACCCGCAGCCCCACUGAGAGCCGGCGGGCAGCGUACUGGGAGACCCGCUCAGAGACAGACAGCAGUGGCACCCGGCGGGGGCCAGAGCUGAGCCCCCCGCCUGGGCAGCCCCCGCCGGGUGGCAUGGCCCCCGACAUCCCCCCUGUCAAGUUCAGCUCGGAGAGCACCCGCUCAUACCGACGCAUCAGCGGCAUGGUGGGCAAAGCGGGGUCGGCCAUGUCCCCCCAGAGCCCAAGCGGCCCCGAGGACCCUGCUCAGGGCAAGGUGCCCCCUGUGCCCAUGCCCAGGAGAUUUGCUCCGGCCAAGGGGAGGCAGAAGCGGGUGAAGGCGGUGGCUGACUGCAAGGGGGAUAAAGCACGGGAGCUGACCUUCUCCAAGGGAGAGGUGAUCGUGGUGACGCGGGAGGAGGACGAGCAGAGCUGGGUUGGCUUCAUCGAGGGCGACGGCUCCCGCACGGGAGUCUUCCCAGCCAGCUUUGUCCACCUCUUGCAAGACUGA